AAUUUGGUGUCGUGGUUGUUGAACUUCUCAGGACCUUGCAGAUAUAAAAAUAAAUAAAUAAUUAAAUCUCUGGAGGCUGUGUGUUGGACUGAGAGCUGAUCUGCUGAUUCGUGGUUGAAGAUCUGAUCAUGAUGCUCGGACUCCCUGUUACAGUGCUGCUGAUCAGCUUUAGCUUUAGCUUUAGCACUCAGGAGCCUGCACAGAAGGAGACUCAAACCAUAACAGAUGUGUGUCAGCAGGUGAGUCCUCCGUGUGUGACGGAGGAGGAUCGUUACAGCCUUGAGGCGCUGCGUCACAUCCACCAGGAGAUGGACGACGAUCAGGACGGAGGGAUCGAGGUGGAGGAGAGUGUGGAGUUCAUUAUUGAGGACAUGCAGCAGCAGCAGACGAAUAAACACAGUAAACUGCACAGAGAGGACCAGCAUAUUACCGUGGAGGAGCUCUGGAGAGGCUGGAAGUCCUCAGAAGUUCAUAACUGGACACAGAAGGAUGUGCUGUGCUGGCUGCAAGAGUUUGUGGAGUUGCCGCAAUACGAGAAGAGCUUUAAAGAGUUAGGCGUCAAUGGGAACACACUGCCUAGGAUUGCAUCCAAUGAGCCAUCGUUCAUGAGCACCUACCUGAAGAUCCAGGACCAGCAGCACAAACACAAGCUGAAGCUCAAGGCACUCGAUGUUGUGCUGUUUGGACCACCUACACGACCACCACACAACUGGCUGAAGGACCUGCUGCUCUUCGUGUCAGUAGUGAUGGGUUUGGGUGGCUGCUGGUUCGCUCAGGUGCAGAACAAAGCAUCGAAGGAGCACAUUUCCAAAAUGAUGAAGGAUCUGGAGAGCCUACAGAGAGCUGAGAAGAGUCUCCGAGACCUGCAGGAGCAGCUGGAGAGGGCCCAGGAGGAGAAGCGUACAGUAGCAGUGGAGAAGCAGUUUUUAGAAGAGAAGAUGAGGGAUGAGAUCCAGGGAGCUCAAGAGGAAGCCAACCGGCUCCAUGUGCUUCGCAAAGGUGCCGUCAGUGAACUAAGCCGACUGAGAUAUGCUGAGGAAGAACUUGAACAGAUUCGAGCAGCGCUGAAGAAGGCGGAGCAGGACAUGCAGGCUAGCUGGUCAGUGCCGGAGUCUCUGCAGCUGUGGCUGCAACUCACACAUGAGGUGGAGAUGCAGUACUACAACGUCAAAAAGCAGAGUGCCGAACAGCAGCUGGCCACUGCCAAGGAUGAGGCGGAGAGAAUUAAGAAGAAGAGAAGUUCUGUUCUUGGUACCCUCCAAGUGGCACACAGUUCCUCUUUAGAUCAAGUGGACCACAAGAUCUUACAGGCCAAAAACGCCCUAGCAGAGGUGACUGCAUGUUUGCAAGAACGCCUGCACAGGUGGCAGCAGAUCGAGUUGUUGUGUGGAUUUUCCAUAAUGUACAACGCUGGACUACACAGCCUCACGACCACUUUGUACCCCGACCCCAACUGGAUGGUCUUGUCAAGAGCCACCAUGUCCUCCUACCAAAUGCCUGUAGGCAUAGAUGACAUGCAGGAUGGAAUGCCUUCCAUGAUUCCACAGAAAAUUCCUGUCACAGUUUCUCCGCUCAAGCUUUCUCCUCGACCGCUGGUCCGUUCUCGUCGAACCGGUCAUAUCGUCCAGCCACCUGUGAUUCUGUCACCUGAUCCUGAUCUUCUAAUCCCGAUACGGCCUCCGCUGCAUCGGUAUGGUGAGGAAGAAGGGGAAGAAAUCAUUUUCCCUGCUACUGUGAAACAAGAGUGUCAAGAGGCAGUCUCCGAUCCUGAUCCCGUUGGACCGCCUGUUGGAAUAAAGUACACCAGCCCUGGAUUGGAUACUUCACCUCGAAGACUAUACCGAGACAACUUGGACCUUUUCUCUGAUAGUGUCACAAGUAAGGUUCCACUUGAUGGACAAGAGAACAGUCCCUUGCAGAAGAUAUCACGAGAGGAACUUGGGUAUUCUCUAUGGGGUGAUACUAGAAAGGUGUCACAUGAAGAACUCGAAACCCAAGUCAGAAAGAUAUCCAGAGAGGAACCUGAGGUGUCUGCAGAAGCUUUGGGGAGUCCAGUGUGUACAAAGGAACCUGAGGUUCCUGUUGAUUUCAAGAAGAUUCCAAGGAGUUUACCAAUAGAUGCUAGUUAUUCUUCUAUUAGACUGUCCACCUGGGAGAAAUUGGAUUCUCCCAUGGAACCUUACUUUGGAAUAAGGUACAUGGAUGAUGCUGAGGUAAAUGUGGGCAGUCUGCGACGAAAGAUGUUUAAGGAAAGGAAGGAUCCCUCAGGAGAAAGCCUGUCAAAGAUUAUACCAAAAGAUGAAUAUGUGACUGAUAUCCAAAGUGGAGAUCAAGACUUUUAUGUCGAGAUGGGCAUUGCUCAAAGAUUAAUGCAUAGAAAGGAAACUCAAAAGGAACAUACCCUGUUAAAGGACAAACCCUUAGACUCUGCUUCCACAAGUCCUUUCAGAGAUGAGCAUGAUGACUCCUUCUCAGUGGAUGGACAAAGAGUGAAGAAGGUAAGGGAUCCUAAAGAGUUGCCCAAAGAACGAUUUUACAGAAAGGUGCUCAGAGAUGAACUAGUUCUGUCCAUGGACAAGGGAAAGCUGUUUGCAGGUGGUUCCAUAGAUAGCACUUUUAGGAAAAAGGCACAUGAUGAAUUGGAUGUUUCAACAGGAAACCAACGAGGAAUGUCUUUAAGAGAGAGAAGGGACAAUGCUGUUUCCAGGAAGCUCUCUAGAGAUGAGCGUGAUGUUGUCACAGAGCGACAAAAACUGUCUGUCCAGAAAGAUGUGUUGGACAUGCCUGUGGAGACUGUCAGGCCAAAGAUCUCCAGAGAUGAGUUUGUUGUUCCAGACCCAGGUCCCUUCAGCCAACCUGACCUUACAAUCGAUUCCCUAAUGCUCUGGGCUCCACCAUCAGACCCCCUUAGCCACCUAGUGUAUGAUGGUAUUUUAGAGAAGUCUUAUCAGAACCCUCUAAAUGUGGCCAGUCCUGGAGAUCUCAACCAUCCUGCCUCCCCGCCCUCAAUGUCCACCUCCUCCCAAAGCCUUGUGAGCAGUGAUGGUGCUAGUAGCAGUUCUACUCAAUCUGGAACUCUCUCACCAGCAGAAUCCCUUAGUGGAGGCAAAGGCAAGAAAUCCUUAAGGCUCAAGAAUCUGUUCAAGAAAAAGAAAGAUAAGGAGAAAGAUAAAGACUCAAAACGAGAACAUCCACAAGGGGGUUUGCAGAAGCUGUGAGU